CAGGUAGAUCUGCACCCCUCGGCGGUCGGUAUAAGAGUGCUGAUGUGUCACUUCGCUCUACGUCGAACAGUUGAUAACGAAAAAAAACUAAGCUUCAAAAUAUAACCUGAAAGUAUGGAAGAACGCAAAUGUAAAUGUUUAUAAAUAUACGAUGUCAGGUUUAAAUUUACUACAAACGUAUACUUCUUCUGAUUCUGAAGAUGAUGAAGUUAACAAUGAUAGCCACAAAGUUAUUGAAGUUCCUAAACGUCUACCUUUACCUGGUAGUAUAGCAUCAUGGAAAGGUGUUCCACAUCAUGAAGAAAUUGAUGACAAUCCAAAUCAGCAUGGGGGACGAAUGAGAAGUUUUAAACAUGAACGUGGUAACUGGGCUACCUUGGCCUAUAUUAACUAUGAACCUAGUGAGACCAUGACAUCAUGGAUGUUUUCAGUACUGGGAGAAGUACCAAUUAAGUGUAAUAUAUUUUCUGAAGAGUUUCAUAUUAGUGUAACAAGAACAUUAAUUUUGAAGUUUCAUUGGAUUGAUUCCUUCGUAGAGGAAGUGAAGAAACUAUGUGAACAGACAAACAGGUUCAAUUUGGAACUUCUGAAUGUAAGAGCAUAUACUAAUGAAGAGAUUACACGCACAUUUCUUGGAAUAGAAUGUUUUGAAUCAAAAGGAAUACUUGCUCACUUUAUAAAAAAUCUUAAUAGUGUUCUUGCUGAAUAUGAGUUACCACCAUUUUAUGAGGAUUCAUCCUAUCAUAUUAGUUUUCUAUGGUGCCUUGGUAAUGAAAUUGCAAGUUUAAAUGACCGUUUAUACAUUUUGACUACAAAAUUAAAUCAACUUUUGGCUGACCAUGAAGAAGAAAGGUACAUAAACGUUGAUACGAUACAUCUUAAAAUUGGGAACAAAUUAUAUGCAUUCAAGCUAAGGUGAUAAAUAAUAUUUCUUGUUGUGUAUAUAAGUCUACGACAAAUCUAAGCAGUGCCGUAACGAGGAUAUGAAGCGCCUGUGGCAAGUGUCUAACUUGCGCCUUCUCGUAAUCUAAUAAUAACAAAAAAAAUUAAAAAUUUUAAUGUAACAAGUUAAAUUUUACUAAAUGCAAUAAAUACUAUUAAUCUUAUCAAAAUGAGUUGUCUGUAUAUACAAUAAUGUAUUUGUCAAGGUAUUUGUAUGAAUAAAUA